UUAUGGGCCACCGUACGUGUUGUGUGUGGUUCAACAUGGCGCUGUCCGUGAGGAUGAACGUGAGGGGUCUUUAUCGCUUCAUUCAGGGGAUUUCUCCUCAUAAGAGGCUCUUCUGCACCGAGCAGCCACCAAAAACACAGGACCCCUCAUUGAUGCGGGUGUUUUCUGGUAUACAGCCGACUGGAGUUCCUCAUCUGGGGAAUUAUCUGGGAGCUCUGGAGAGCUGGGUGUCUCUGCAGAACGAGUACAGCUCUGUUCUGUACAGCAUCGUAGACCUGCACUCCAUUACCCAGCCCCAGGACCCCCAGCUGCUCCGGGAAAGCAUCCUGGACAUGGCGGCCAGUCUGCUGGCCUGUGGCAUCGACCCUGCACGCUCCAUCCUCUUCCAGCAGUCUGUGGUUUCAGAACACGCUGAGCUGUGCUGGAUCCUCGGCUGCCUGACCAGCAUGCCCCGACUGCGACACCUACCUCAGUGGAAGAUGAAGAGUAAGCAGAAGAACGAAGGAAGCGUGGGUCUGUAUACCUAUCCUGUACUACAGGCUGCAGAUAUACUGCUCUACAAAGCCACACACGUACCAGUAGGGGAGGACCAGGUCCAGCAUUUGGAGCUGGCCCAGGACUUAGCCCGGAUCUUCAACAACAAAUACGGAGAGUUGUUUCCUGAGCCGCGCGCUCUGCUCAGUUCUACACGAAAGGUUAAGUCUUUGAGAGACCCCUCCUGCAAGAUGUCCAAAUCAGACCCCCAGAAGUUUGCCACCAUCUUCCUCACCGACACCCCUGAAGAUAUAGUCUUUAAGAUCCGGCGAGCAGUGACGGACUUCACCUCUGAGGUCACCUUUGACCCAGAGGGCCGACCAGGUGUAUCAAAUCUGGUCUCCUUGCACGCUGCAGUGUCCGGCCUGACCGUGGAGGACGUACUUAUACAGGCCAGAGGACUGGACACUGGCAAAUACAAGAACUUAGUGUCUGAAGCCGUGGUUCAGAGACUGCAGCCUAUCAGGCUGGAGAUCCAGAGACUGAGAGCUGACCGGGGCCACCUGUUGAGUGUGCUGGCCGAGGGAGCAGCCAAGGCCCGCAGCCUGGCCGCCCCGGUGAUGACGGAGGUCAGGAAGCGAGUGGGCUUCUCCUGACACCCAGACUAAGUGGGAUAUCUAAGCAACCUGUGUUACAGGUGGACAUACACCGCAGUGCGACUGGAGGAUCACACCACUGUUUACUCAAUAUCAUUUGAAUACUUGUUUUCGUUUUGCAUAAUUUCAGGUUUUAUAAUUGUUUUUCUAUUUAUUCUUGAGCCUGUGAAACAUAACUAUGCUUAUGAAUAGCACAUACACAUCUGAACAUGUAAAAUACUUUAAAAAAAAAAAAGGUAUUGACCAAAAGAGGCGAUUACACUUUAGUAACUUACCAAAGCUUCUGUAAACAACAUUCAUACAGUUGUUUUUUUUUUUUAAACUUAUGCUUAUGAUGAACGUAAGAUUUCAGGUAUUCUCCAACUUUCUUCUCACAAGAUCAGAUAAACUUCAAACUAGACAUUGAUUCUCUUUUCCAGAUGGAUAUGUUGGCUAACAUCUGAAGAGCGUUUUCUCCUCUUAAAACCUUUACCAGGCUUUUUGAGAGAUGAGACGAGGUCUUUUUAGAUGUAUUUUGCUGUUCAUAAAAAAACUUCAGCUCUAAACCUAAAAACCUUAUUUUUCUGGACAAUAGAUAUUGUACCAGAAAAUAAUUGUGAUAAACAAUAUUAUUAUAAAUUUAUAUUUAUUUUUUGCCUGAUAAUGUUAGUAUUGUGACCAGCCUGACUAGUUACUAAGACAUAGAAAAAAAACGAAAAACCUAAAAACAAUUAAUUGGUGCUGUUGAAUGUCCUGUAUCUAAAACCUCAUACAAGAUCUGAUAAAUGUCUUGUCCUACACUUGAAAAUAAGUGUGCUCCAUGUAAUUAUUUGAACAAUGCCGUAGAAUAACAGCUUUUUUUUUUAGAAAUAAACCAUGUUUUAUAAAAAUGUGUGAGUGUGAUAAACUUUUAAAUGUCUAUAGAAAGUUAUACUUAAAAUAGAAGAAUAGAAGGUCUUAUUUGUACCAAACAUGUGAAAACAUAUGUCUAUCUACUUAUACAAUGUGCAAGGUCCUUUUAGAGUGUAUGAAUCUGGUGAUUUUAGUGAGGAAUCCCUUUUAUUUCUGCAUCUUUUAUCUCUGGACUCUCUUUUAUGUUAUGAUAUCUCCAUGCUUCCAGUAGCGCUUGAUAAGUGACAUUAGCAGUGCUCCAGUUGCUCAGGAAAGCAGAAAAAGCUGUUAUAGCUAGAAAAAGGUCCUGGGACCUACCAGGCACCCUUUUUAGAAUUAAUAUAUAUUCAGUUCGUAAUGUCAUUUAUUGUAGUAUUAUGUCUCUUCCCCAAUUAGGAACAUACUGCUUUAAAUUUGAAAAUUAAAACCAUCUUAAGGACUGC